AUAAAGUUUAUCCAAUCGAUAAAAGAAAUUCGUCGACAAACUCUGCAGAAAAAAGAGAGAGAAAACGAAAAAGGGUAUCGCUAAACCAAACGGUCCAUGGUGAUUGUUAUGAUAACAACAACCACGUUGCUUUUUCAUUGUUUGAUUUGAAUUCAAAUUUUUUUCAUUAUUAUUUGGGGGAGAUUGUUGAGGCUUUUUUAGGGUUUUAAAUUUGAAGAAGGAUGACGGAGGUGGUCCUCCACAUAUAUGAUGUGACGAAUAGUGGCUCCGAUAAGACCAACAACACCAUUGUUCAGAUCAACAAGUUUUUCAAAGACGGUAUCGGUCUUGGUGGAAUCUUUCAUAGUGCCGUUCAGGUUUAUGGAGAUGAUGAGUGGUCAUUCGGGUUCUGUGAACAAGGUACUGGAGUUUUUAGCUAUCCUGCUGGGAAAAAUCCAAUGUAUUCGUACCGUGAAUGCAUUGUACUUGGAAACACAAACCACUCUAUUUUCAAAGUGAAUGAGAUAUUGAGAGAGCUUAGUAGAGAGUGGCCUGGACACUCAUAUGAUUUAUUGUCAAAGAAUUGCAAUCACUUUUGUGAUGAAUUUUGUGAAAGACUUGGUGUUCAAAAGCUUCCUGGCUGGGUUAACAGGUUUGCUCAUGCUGGUGAUGCUGCCGUUGAGAUAGCAGGAACUACUGCUUUUAGGCUGAGGCAAGCUAAAACAGAGAUCGUUACAGCUAGUAAAGUGGCAUAUAGGUUCUUCGCAGGAGUUGCUUCUAACAAUUCAGCUUCCCCCGACUCUCCUGGCAACUCUGGUCGGGGAACUCCUAGGUUUCAAGCAAAUUGGUUUAAAAACUUUAUCACCACUGGUGCGAAACCAUCUGGUUCAGAUAGUGAAGAGGUGCUAGGACAGCAGCAGCAGCAUGGAACAGAGACCCCUUUGAGGCAGAACUAGCGGCAGGAAAACUAAAAGAAUUCCACUCAUCCGUCCUGUUCCAAGUUAUAGUUCAUGUUGUAGUCAGACAUGAGGAAUAUCGUUUCCCACACCGAUUCCCGUUAUUGUCAAGAAAAUGCCAAGCCUAUUGCUCCUGAUUUGUUGUGGAAUAUGUAAAUCAUUUUGUUUUUCUGGUGCUGCUUAAAUAUUGCAAUUUGUUAUGGGAUUAUGUAAAUUGCUCUGGUCUUUUGUGUUAUGCUGAUUAGUGCU